CUGUUUAGUUUUGAAAUUCAUACUGCCUCAUACACUAUCCAGAUUCAGAUGUAAAAACAUCGAGAGAAAUAGGAAUUUUCUGAAAGGGAAAUAUUUUUCAAGAACACAAAGGGAGAAAACAAACAAAAGAUGGAACUGACCAAUAGCAACUUGGGUAGCGUGAUCUCAACGACCACAGUGAUGCAAUCGAUGCAGUCGUUGAAUAAGGUUCGCCAGAAGAAACGCACCAAGGGUUUGCCCACCUUCGAUUUGUCAUUGGAGCAGAAAAUCGAUAUUAAGAAAGCCUUCGAUCUAUUUGAUACCGAAUGCACAGGAUUUAUAGAGGUAAAAGAACUUCGUGUGGCCAUACGCGCAUUAGGUUUUGAGCCCAAGAAGGAAGAAAUUCGUCGCAUGAUGGAAGAAAUCGAUAAAGAUAAAACGGGUCGUAUAGCUUUCAAUGAUUUCUUGUAUCUGAUGCGUCUGAAGAUGGCCGAGAAGGAUACCAAACAGGACAUUAUGAAAGCAUUCUCAUUCUUCGACGAUGAUCGCACUGGCAGAAUCUCGUUUGACAAUCUGAAACGCGUGGCCCAAGAGUUGGGGGAAAAUCUAACCGAUGAGGAAUUACAAGAGAUGAUUGAUGAGGCCGAUUUGGAUGGCGAUGGAGAGGUCGGUCGCGAUGAGUUCUUGGCUGUCAUGAAGAAGACCAAUUUGAUUUAGUACUAAACAAAAGUUAGUCCCACUUACAAUGCAGACUCGUACACACACAAAACAUACAGAUAGGCAACUUCUAUAACAACCUAAUUUGAAAUGGCACAAUACAUAAAUGUCGAAUGCAGCACAAAGCAAA